AGACAUGCCUCAUUCAGUGCAGAGUACAGCAGAGCAGUUAGUAUCAACAAGGCACGGUAGUGUGUGGACACAACCGAAGCUACGACUCCAUUAGCAAUUAGCUGUCAGUCGACAUGAACACCGAGCCUGUUGUCAUCGUCUCUGCUGCACGGACACCAAUUGGAUCUUUGAACGGCGUUCUGUCCAUGGUGCCUCUGCAUGAGCUGUGCUCAGUGGUGAUCGAGGAUGUUCUGAAGCGUGCAGGAGUGAAGCCAGACGAGGUCUCUGAGGUUAUCAUGGGCCAUGUUCUAACAGCGGGUCAUGGGCAGAACCCGGCACGUCGGGCCAGUGUUCGGGCAGGAAUCCCCUACACUGUUCCAGCCUGGGGCUGCCAGAUGGUGUGCGGCUCAGGGUUGAAGGCUGUGUGUCUGGGAGCUCAGUCCAUCCAGGCUGGAGAAUCCACUGUGGUGGUGGCAGGGGGUAUGGAGAGUAUGAGCAGGACUCCUCACAUAGUGCACAUGAGAGCAGGGGUGAAGAUGGGUGAUGCCUCCCUGCAGGACUCCAUGGUGGCUGACGGCCUGACAGAUGCCUUCCACAGCUACCACAUGGGCAUUACAGCGGAGAAUGUGGCAAAGCAGUGGGGUGUCAGUCGUGAGGAGCAGGACCAGUUUGCUGUCCAGUCCCAGAACAAAACAGAGACUGCGCAGAAAGCAGGGCAUUUUGAUCAAGAGAUUGUUCCUGUCAUGGUGCCAUCCAGAAAAGGUCCGGUGGAGGUGAAGGUGGACGAGUUUCCUCGACACGGCAGCAACGUGGAGAGCUUGUCCAAACUCAGGCCCUGCUUCAUAAAGGAUAGCAGUGCCACCGUCACCGCAGGAAAUGCCUCGGGUAUAAAUGAUGGAGCAGCAGCAACUGUCUUAAUGAGCCAGUCAGAGGCUGUGAGGCGUGGUGUUAAACCAAUGGCCAGAAUUGUAUCAUGGGCUCAAGUCGGUCUUGACCCGUCUAUCAUGGGAACUGGACCAAUACUAGCCAUCAGGAAAGCGGUAGAGAAAGCAGGUUGGCAGUUGGACCAGGUCGACUUAUUUGAGAUUAAUGAAGCAUUUGCUGCCCAGUCUGUCGCUGUGGUCAGAGAGCUUGGUCUGAAUUUGGACAAGGUGAAUGUGAGUGGCGGUGCCAUUUCUCUGGGUCAUCCUCUGGGUAUGUCUGGCUGCAGGGUGCUGGUGACCCUACUGCACGCUCUCCAGAGGACCAGAGGACAGAAGGGUGUAGCGUCCCUCUGCAUUGGAGGAGGGAUGGGCAUCGCUAUGUGUGUGGAGAGGGUUUGAGAUAUACCUAAUGCUGCUUUACACAUUAGACUAAAGUCUUUUUUUUAUUUAUGGAUAAGGGAUACUCAUUGUUUACACUACAGGAUACAGUAUAAAAGGGUUUACCUGGGUUCUUCUGAUCAGUGUACUUGUAGCAGAAGUGAAUAUACAGUAUUUUGUGAUUGUUAAAUUAACACCAUUCUUACUGUGAACUUCGCUUAAUUUCAGCUUUUCUCAGGUUCCAGCUGCGUAGCUUCGACUUAGAGGAUUUUAAUUGAAUAGUCAGUCUAUUCGCAUCACUCUUGGUGUGAAAAGACCUUACGAAUGGAUGUUUUCUUCUAAAAUUAGCUGCUUUCAGCUAAUUAUGGAACUUAAAAUGUACACUCACUGGCCACUGUAGUGGGUACACCUGUACAAUUGGAUGCAAUUCAAUGCAACAUUUGUACCUUAACA